GUGACCUUCUUUACCUGGUUGCGAGAACGUGGAGCGUAAGUUUGCGUCCCGAGUCCCGAGUCGGUGUCGACCACACCAGUAUUAGCAGCCUUCUGCUGAACUUCCGAGAUUCGGAGAGAGAGAACGGUUUCGGACGGGGGCGUAAAUAAUAAUAAUGCUUAAUGAGUGAUUUAGAAAAUGCGGAAUCUCAGUCAUGAAGUGUCUUUCGAGCAACUCAGCGGCGAAUUCGUUAAGUUUGCAACUUACAAAGUUCUGUGAUCUUGAGUCGAGGAAAAGAGGCUUUUUUGGGAGGGGCGUUAUGAGAUGGUGAAGAUGGUUAACGCUGUUGUGUGAAAAGUGGUUUAAAAGAUGAGUGCGAUGCAAACGGAGAAGAGAGAGAAGGGAAGUAACUAAAGUUAUCGCGACAGGGAAUCUCGAGGAAAUGAUAUGACGUAUUGAAGGAACUGCAAGCUUAUUAGAUUCUGCCUCUCUCACCACCAAGAAUUUUUACAACAAUGAAGUUAACCGCACGGGACAAAAACACGUUCUUAUUUAGUUUAAUGUUUGUGAUGAUUAACAAUCACCUGUGCAGUGAUCAUUGACAGCGCUACCCUGAGGAAAAGAAUGCAUAAUAAUGGUGCUAAGAUGGAAGCAACCACGACGGACAGUCACAUACCAGGAGAGAGAGUAAACAGGAACAAGAACAACCCGCUCGCUUGGCCCACCAAAAACCUUCCCUUCGAACGUCUGAAAAACAUAAUCUGUUUCGAGCAGUGUCGGGAGAGGAGGGCUUAUCCGACGCACACGACUAGAUAUGAUGUACAAACGUUGCAGGUGCAGUCGAACUCUUGAUAUCAAAAGACAGAUAAGCAUCCAUGGCCUUUCUCUUCCGUUAAGCGAAACGUUUUCGAAAGUACUCCCAGUCGACCGCCGCCGCCACUCACCCCAAGUCUGAAUAGCAGUGCAUCGUGUUCCCCAAACCCGUGUUCUCUGGACGGGCCGUGUUUACCCCCCUCCACUCCCUCUCCGAUAUCCAAACCCUUAGAGUGUUCGCCCCAUUGUGGUCGUUUUGCGUCAGUGGAAUUCCCCGGCAGUCUCUGUUGUUCUCUCCUCGUCCCACUUAUGAAAACAUUCGCAUCGCUUAUUUCUGUGUCGUAUUUGUUGUGCGAGUCGCUCUUGCGCAUCCUGGUCCGUGUGUUGUUCUCCGACACAUACCGCGUCCGGCUCUACGAUCCUAUGAGCCUCCUGGCUGCCCAUGGAGCGGAAAAAGGAACUGUAAGAAGAAGAGGAAGGCCAUGCCCUCAGAGUCGCGAUAAGGCCCAGCAGCCCUCGAGUAACCCGCAGCUUCGAAGGAAUCCCCUCGGCGGAGCGAGACGGCAUCGUCAAACCAGGCCUCGGAGGGGAAUUCUGGAGCCUCUUAGAAGGAAGGCUCAAGAUCCUCGGAGGGACCACCAGGAGGAGGACGCCAGGAACUGCGCUUCUUCUUCUUCUUCAGAUGGUGGGGGCGAGAAGGUUCAUUUCAUGGCACUUGGAUUCCUCGCUCUUCUUGUCCUUCUCCCCAACGCGAUCAUCGCUUAUGAACUCAAGCCUAUGACAACGACAUCGCAGAUGACUUUGGCUGGGGAGAAGGCUAAGCUCCCUUGCAAAAUCCCCCUCCCCCCGGGAGACAGGCCCCUCCUGAUUCUCUGGUAUAAGGAUCAAGUCACCAAACCUUUCUACAGUUGCUCCCGAGUGCAAGGAACCACGAAAUACGACUGUGUCAGUCACCCCCUCCGAAGAGGUGAAGCUGAACUGCGUCGUGGAGUCCAAUCCGGAAGAGGUCGAGUUCGUAUGGAAGGUCAACAGCAGUCGAGGGAUGACAGAACUCGACCCGUCGACCUACACGAGUCGAGGUCGGACGAGCACGAUCGUCUACCGACCGAGUGCCCACGCGAUCGCCAACGAUCAAUAUGGCGUCGUCUUCUGCCAGGGAAUUAACAAGCUGGGAGUGCAGAAGGUUCCGUGUAUGUUCGUCAUUAGCCCGGCAGGUCCUCCUGAAGAGCCAAUAUCCUGCGCCCUGAGAAACCAGAGCGCCACGUCCCUGACUGUCAUCUGUCAGCCGGGACACGACGGGGGCCUGAAGCAGCACUUCGUGGUGACGAUUCAGAACGCCGAGACGCAAGAGGUUGUGGCGAACGUCACUUCUGAAGAGCCCAUCUUCUCCGUGGGAGGAUUGGCACCUGGGAGGGAUUACCUGGUGAUGGUGAAAGCUGUCAACAGCAAAGGAUCCUCGCGACCAUACGUCCUGGAAGGAUUCGCCCUGAAAGUGGCCGAAAAUAAAAUAAAUAAUUCAAGCUCAGUCGAGUCUUCCCCUUUGCUGGCGAUGUUCGUCGGUGUUGUCAGUGGCUUCGUCUUCAUCUUAACGGUUUUGGCUGCGGCUAACAGGGCCCGCGGACGCCGAAGACAAGGCCAGAACGACUCGCCCAGCAAUAGCAACAAAUAUUCUAAUGGAGACGAAGGUAAGAAGCUAGAUAAGCUCCUCUGUCGCCUUCCACCAACGCCUCCCUGGAUGUGGGCGGGGAAGGAGAACGCCAACGGGAACAAUGAAGAGGAAGACGACGAAGAAGGCGACGCGGAAGUGACUGAGUCCCAAACGGGGUCUCUGCUCACUGUCAAGACUGUUACAGUGCAGCGAACAGGAAGCUCGGGCAGCCUGACCUCACGCACCUACGUCCCGGGACCCCCAGGUCACACCGGGUCACUGCCGAGGUCAUACAUGAACCCGAAGCCGCAGCCACUGCACUCGGUCGAUCUACCCCACGUGACGUCGAACAAUCAUAAGUACUACACUCUCAAGAUUAACUGCACUCGGCAGAACAAUGAGAGUUUCGUCUAGUCUGCCACCGGCGAUGGAAUUGUUGGAUAUCCUUUGGCAGAAUUAGCUGACAGAUGUGUAAAAGGCAAGAACGAUUUGUCUACUCUACCUCCGGUAAUAUUAUCAAAUGAAGUUGCCGGAUUACGUUUGCACAGAAUUAGCUGACUGAGAUAAAGAGAGACAGCAGAAUUGUGUAAGAAUAUAGAACUCUGCCUCCGGCAAUAUGGCAAUAUUAUCAAAUGAAGUUCCCGGAUUAAGUUUUCGCAGAAUUAGCUGACAGAGAUAACGCGAGACAGCAGAACUGUGUGAGAAAAUAAAACGAAGUUACCUUGCCAGAAACAGAAACUAAAAGAGGUUGCUUGACGCAUGAAAGCAAGGUAGCAGCAGAGAUUUCUAGCGAACAGAAGUGAAUCAUUAAAAAAAAAAGAAUAUUUUAGGGGCAUGACCUAAAAGGCGUGCAACGGGAAAUGAGAUGUGAAUGAACUGUCCUGUGACUUUGCAUAUCAUUCAAAUCCGAGAUGUUACAGACAAUUCAUUGGAGUUGGAUUGUUAGCUGAAAGAAAUCGAAAAGGGAAAAUAUAAAUGAACUGUAAUCCAGUCUUUAUGAAUGAGUUUAAGGAAGUGAUCUUUACAAAAAUGAUAAUUUUCAAGAUUAUAAGCCGGCAUAAUCUUCGACGACGCAGAACAAGAUGUGAAUACAAUCAUGUGAACAUAUCUUUAAUGACACAUAUCUUACCAAAAACUAAUUAGUUAUAUAUCGAAGUGGAAAUGCUACAGUCCCGGGAAUUGUAUAUAAUUUUGCAGUUGUUAUAAAAAGAAGACAUAUCACAACAAAAACGAAUGAAAGAAAAUUUACUGGCCAUCAUUAAAGAUGAAUUAAACGUGAUGUUUUUUAAUGUAAAGAUAAGUUUAAUUACCAAUGAAAUAAAACCGUUUGGGGUUUAAUAAUUUUCAAAAUGUAAAACAAGACAUAUACGAAUGAAACAAAACUGAAUGGACAUCAUUACAGAUGAAUUAAACAUAAUUAUUUUUUCGAUGUUAAGAUACAUUUAAUUAACGAAACCGUUUGGGGGUUUAAUAAUUUUGCAACAGGAAAACCGAUAUUUUCUUGUCAUUUAAUACGGAAAAUGUAAAGACACUGUCUUCUGCGAGGAGAGAGAGAGAGAGAGAAGAGAGAGAGAGAGAGAUAAGUCCCACUGACAGAAACAUCUGCAAGAGAGAGAGAUUUUCGUCUUGCAGUGGCUUUUAUGGUUUCAGAUUUCAACCGAAUAAUUUCACGAUUUUUCUCCGACGAAACUAGGAGAGUCUGUAAGCCCUCCGGCGAAAAAUGUAGUAUAUAUAUAUAUAUUCUUCUUCUUCUCUUACUUCUUUCCUUCUUCUUCUUCUUCUUCUUCUUCUUCUUCUUCUUCUUCUCCUUCUUCUUCUUCUUCUUCUUCUUUUUGAUCAUUUAUGAGGUAACUCAAUGCGCUUGAAUUUUGCCGGGCGAGUUUUUUUAUCUCUUUUCCUCCUCCUACUCCUCUUCCUCCCCUUCUUCUUCUUCUUCUUCUUCUUCUUCUUCUUCUUCUUCUUCUUCUUUUUGAUAAUUUAUGAGGUAACUCAAUGCGUUUUAAUCUUCCGGGGAUAAUUUUUUUUCCUCUUUUCCUCCUCCUCCUCCUCUUCUUCUUCUUCUUCUUCGUCUUCUUCUUCUUCUUCUUCUUCUGAACAUUUUUAAGGAGUAACUCAAUACAUUUCAUAUUAAAAGACGAUUAAAAAAAAUCAUCACCUGCUCUGAGAAUGAUUAGAAUGUUGUGAUAUUUAAAAUUUUAAAAAUAGAUAUAAUUCAGUAAAAUGAUAAUUUUACAGCAAAACGUCGAGUAAUAUCUUAACGCAAUUCAUUUGCGUCGAUAACAGCUUACAAACCCAAUCUUAAAUUUGAGGAAAUUGGUGUUUUUUUUUUUUUACAACCAUUAUUAAACUUGAUACAUGACACGUAAUAACCACACGAAUAAUUACCUAAAUAAGAAAAUAACGAAACAAUAUCAUUAACUUUGUUAUGAAGCAAUACAAUUACUUUAGAAGCAAUAAUUGUAAAGGAUUUCUUUUUUUUAGAAAGGGACUCGUAAGUAAGCAUCUUUUAUUAUGAAUAACAAUUAGGCUCCCAGAUUCAGCUAAUGGUCUGCAUUAACUGAUCAGGGAACUGGAAUUUUCAUUUCAAAUUAGUCGAGAAUUGGGAACCUGUUUCACAGUAAACGAAAAUGAAGAAGAAAUACUCUAUAAUACCUUGUCUUGAUCGAUUUACAGUAUACAUUGAUAAAAAUAUGGAUACUUGCAUGGAAACCUAAACACACACACAUACACACACACACACACACACACACACACACACACACACACACACAUAUAUAUAUAUAUAUAUAUAUAUAUAUAUAUAUAUAUAUAUAUAUAUA